AUGGGCACUCCGAGCCAUAUAAUCUCCACAAUUUAUAAGGAGGAAUCCCGUGAUGAAAUUAUUUCAGGCCUUCAGAAAGAUGUUAAGGGUCUGAAUUCAUCUGCAAUACAGACAACUUCUUCAUACUUUUAUGGGAAAUUGAUUGCAAGGGCAGCGAGGUUGGCGUUGAUAGCUGAAGAGGCUUGUUUCCUUGAUGUGAUUCAAGCUGUUAGGAAGUAUUUAAAGCAAACCAUUGAGCCCUGGCUGGAUGGAACUUUUAAUGGGAAUGGAUUUCUAUAUGAUAGGAAGUGGGGAGGCAUCAUUACCAAAAAAGGUUCUACUGAUACUGGUGCUGAUUUUGGGUUUGGACUUUAUAAUGACCAUCAUUAUCAUUUGGGGUACUUUGUUUAUGGAAUUGCAGUGCUUGCAAGGAUUGACCCAGUUUGGGGUAGGAAGUACAAGCCUCAAGCCUAUUCACUCAUGGAAGAUUUUAUGACCUUGAGCAGAAAUUCAAACUCGAAUUACACACGUCUAAGGUGUUUUGACCUUUAUAAAUUGCACUCUUGGGCGGGAGGCUUAACUGAGUUUGCAGAUGGAAGAAAUCAAGAGAGCACGAGUGAAGCUGUGAAUGCAUAUUAUUCUGCAGCCUUGAUGGGUCUGGCAUAUGGUGACACCCAUCUUGUUGAGAUUGGAUCGACACUUGCAGCAUUGGAAAUUCAUGCAGCUCAAAUGUGGUGGCAUGUGAGAGAGGAAGAUAAGCUGUAUGAAGCAGAUUUUACCAAAGGGAACAAGGUAGUUGGUGUACUAUGGGCUAACAAGAGAGACAGUGGACUGUGGUUUGCUCCUCCUGAUUGGAGAGAAUGUAGGCUUGGUAUUCAAGUCUUGCCCAUAUUGCCUAUUUCUGAAGCUCUGUUCUCAAAUGUUGGUUUUGUGAAGGAGCUUGUGAAGUGGACAUUACCUGCUUUGCAUACGGAAAAAUGGAAGGGUGCCUAUGCACUGCAAGGACUUUAUGACAACAAAGGUGCAUUGCAGAAGAUAAGAAGGUUAAAUGGUUUUGAUGAUGGAAACUCAUUGACUAAUCUCUUAUGGUGGAUUCACAGUAGAGGACAAGGUGAUGAAUAUGGUCAUGAAAAACACUGCUGUUUUGGUCUGUUAAGUGGAAUUUUGAAUUCAUUGUCUGUCUUUACUGUGUCAUGAUGAUCUAGUGGUUUAGUUUUGUGCACUUUUGGUAUCCUAAAUAAAAAUGUCUGUUAGUUAAUGGAUGGUAUCCUAAAAUCUGGAGAUGGUAACUACAAUUAAUGAAGCAUUUGAAAGCAGCAAAAACCUGUGGAUUUACUCUUCUAUAGUGAA